ACUAAAACCAAACAAUGUAAGUUUGCUGUGCGAGAAAAAAAGAAUGUUUAAAAAGUUUUGUGUUAUUAUUGUUCCAAAUAAUGCAAUAAAUUCAACUAAAAUAUUUUAAUGCCAUCGGCAUCGGGUUCAACAAACAACAAAAAUCAAAACAACUAUUCGCCGCCCAGGAAGAAAACGAAGAGCUCAAAAAUGGUUGAUGCUAGAGAAUCUUUAGGAGAAUUCGAGUCCUCUAUAUUUGAUGCCAGUGAUGGUCACAAACUGGUUGAUUUGAUUCGAAGGAAGAAGGGAUUACAUGUCCAAACACAAAAAAUCUUCGAUGACGUUCCAACUCAAAGGCCAAGUUUGCAAAUUGAAUUUCAACGAAUUGACGACGAAAAUGUUACUUUGCAACCGGAAAAGCUUCCACAGGAACAGUCUGUGGGUCCUAUUAAUCCUGCCGAUAUUGAUGAUGGUACUUCAACCAACGGAGGUGCUCCAUCGAGAGGUGAAUUUGUUCCAAAGUCUCCUCGGAGAACAUUUGUAGCAAGAUCUGUUACAAGUCCAAUAAUAAAAAUGAACUCAACAACUUUGGGUAGACGAACGUUAUUGAAGGAGUUUGAAAAGGCAUUUCUGCAUGAAAGUAGAUUUCUUCCUGAAAUAUGCAGUACCCCAAUCGCUCCUGAUUCGAACCAACAAAACCAUGAACUCAAAAAAUUACCCAAAGAAACAACAACGUCAAAUAGUCAAAAAGAAAAUAUUAUUUGUUCUCCUAUAACAAUUAGCGAUGAAGAUUCUCCAGAAAACAGAAAUAUAAACAAAAGUCGUAAUACCGAAAAUGUGAUGGAUUCUUUGAUUAAACAAAAUGAAUUGCUCAAGGCCCUUGUACAAGAAUCACAAGACGAACCAGAUGCUACUCUUGUUAAUAAGGAAAAUACAGUUAAUAAAAGUCCACGCCGAACGUUUACAGUUGAGUGCGAUCACUCUACCGGCAAAAUAAUUUUAUCACCUGCUAAAUCUAGCCAAUGUAAUAAUAUCCCAAAUACACCACCCAGAAAAAGUCAAACAUUUACUAGAAAAUUGAUAGCUACUCCUGAACAAAGAAAAUUACUUAUUAGCAAAUUUCGUCUUGGAAUACCUAAAAGUAGUUUUACUGAACAGAUUCAAGAGUCCCCCAAGAAAACACAAUCACGUAUACCAAUUUUGUCGAAAACAACAACAACAACUGAUAAUGUGGUGCCAUGUCUUGUUAAUCAGGAAUCAGCAGCAACUGCAGAGUUUGUGGAACGUUUACAAAAAAACGCAACACCAAAUUGUCCAGUGAUUGUGAUACCAGUGAAUCAAACAUUUAACCAAGCCCCUGCUCCACAAAACAAUCAAACUAUUCCAAGAGAAAUACCUGCCCUUGAAAAUCCACCUUCGGAUGAAAUAUCUUCAACCAUCUCAGAUAAUAAUCCGAAGGCGGCGGACUACCACUCCAAAUACAAAGAGAAAGUCGGAAAACCAGCUCGGAUUGACAGCCCAGUAUCAAAUGUUAUAUCAUCAACAACUUUCUCAAAUGGUGAAGCAGAAGAGAAAGGUAAAAAUCCAGAACCACCGAUGACUUCUCUAAGAUGGGAUGAUAUUAUAACUGAUGAUGCCUCAAGUUCCGACAAAAGUGAUUGUAGCCGACCAAGUUCGGUUUUAAGUAAUAAAAGAAGAAAACUGGCCAAAAACAAAUCACAAACAAAACAUUCAACAGUCAAUAACAAGAAAAAGUUAUCACUAAGUUAUCAGUGCUUAGAUCUGCGUAUGCAUGUUGACAGUGACGAAGAGAGUGAAAGAAAUUUGCCACAAAAAUCUCGGCGAUUAGAUUCCAAAAACGAUGAGAAACGGCAUGAGCAUUCAAAACACAACACACACCAACGAUCUCGCCGGCAAGCUUCUAAGAACGCAGAACACUUUGUAGAAGAGCGUGAACACAACUUGCACCAACGAGCUCGCCGAGGAGCUUCUAAGAACUCAGAGCAAUGUGAUGAAGAGCUUGAAAAUAAUUUGCAUCAGCGACCUCGAAGGGGAACUUCUAAGAAUGCAGAGCUAUGUGAAGAAGAGCGUGAACACAACUUGCAUCAACGAUCUCGGCGCGGAGCUUCUAAGAACUCAGAGCAAUGUGAUGAAGAGCGUGAAAAUAAUUUGCAUCAGCGACCCCAAAGGGGAGCUUCUAAGAAUGCAGAGUUUGAUGAAGAAGAGCGUGAACACCAGCGAUCUCGACGAGGGGUUUCUAAGAACGCAGAGCAAUGUGAAGAAGAGCGUGAACCCAACUUGCACCAACGAUCUCGCCGCGGACCUUCUGAGAGCUCAGAUCAAUGUAAUGAAGAGCGUGAAAAUAAUUUGCAUCAGCGACCUCGAAGGGAAGCUUCUAAGAAUGCAGAGCUAUGUGAAGAAGAGCGUGAACACAACUUGCAUCAACGAUCUCGCCGUGGAGCUUCGAAAACCUCAGAGCAAUGUGAUGAGCGUGAAAAUAAUUUGCAUCAGCGACCUCGAAGGGAAGCUUCUAAGAAUGCAGAGCUUUCUGAAGAAGAGGGUGAACACCAACGAUCUCGACGGGGAGCUUCUAAGAACACAGAUCAAUAUAAAGAAAAGGAUGAACAUCAGUUGCCUCAGCGAUCUCGAAAUAAGGUUUCUAACAAAGGUAACCAGUAUGAGGAUAAUUUACCGAAGCGAUAUAAUCCUAAACUUACACAAUGUACUGAAGAGUGUGUAAACGAUCCGCCGGAACAAUCUGAAGAAGAUGAUUAUAAUAGGAGAAAACAAUCUAAAGAAAGCCACUCAAUCAAUGCACUCCAAAGAUCUCGACGAGUAGAUUCUGAGACUUCUGAUCAAUGCGAUGGAGAGCAGGAACAGAUAUCGCCUUUGCGGUCACGAAGGGAAAAAUAUGUCGAAAAACAACGUAACGAAAAGUGUGCAAACAAACUGCAUCAUAGAUCACAGCGGGAAGGUUCUGAAAUAGAUGAACAACGACGAGCUACAAAUAUUGUUAAUCAAUGUGCUGAUAAAAAUGAGCACCGAUUACGGCCUUCUUCCAAGGAACAAUGCAGCGUGGAUCGUGAAGAUAAUAUCCCUCAGCGUUCACAACCAGAUUCUCCUAAGAUUCAAGAGCAGGGAGAAAGACAUCCUGAAAACAAUUUGUACCGAAAAAAUCUGCGAGAAACGAAGGUUAAUAAACUCAAUUCCGAAAAUAUAGGGAAUAAUGUUAGGGAAAGUGCAAGAGGGGAAGAUUUUGAACGGAUUGAAUACCAAAACAAGGAUCGUGAAAACAACUUGCCAGCACCAUCUCGACCUAUAAUUUCCAACACGGUUGAGGAAUCUGGUGAAGAAAGCCAUCUGCCUCGGCGAUCUCAACAUAAAUGUGUCGAGAGCGAUAAGCAAACAGACAAGGAGAGUGAAAACAACUUGCAUCUGCCUCGGUCAUCUCAAGAUAAAAAUGUCGAGAGCGAUAAGCAACCAGAUACAGAGGAUGAAAACAACUUGCAGCGUCCAUCUCGUACAGAAACUCGUAACAACGUUGAGCAAUUUGAUAAAGUUCUUGAAGAAAAUCAUCUAUUUCGGCAAUCAAGAAAUAAAAAUGCCGAAAUCGAUGAACAACGAGAUAAAGAGAAUGAGAAAAACUUGGAGAUGCCAUCUCGACAACAAUCGUCGGCUAAUAAUGAGCAAUUUGAUGACCAACAUAAACCCCGUACAUCACUUCGUCAUGAGAACGAUAUUUCUAAAGUCGAUAAACAGUUAGAUCGAUUAAGAAAUACUAUUCAGGACGAUCUAAGUUUUCAAAUGGAAGUAUUUCGACCACCUGAUGAAUUUCGUGACUCUUCCAAUUCGACUUCUUUAGAAAAGGAUAAGGAUCUUGUCGACGAAAUCUCUUCGGACAGAAUAACACUGUCUCAGGAAAACUUUAAACGCCCCUCUGGAAUUGUUCCUAAAAAAAGAAGACAAAAAAAGAAAACUCCUGAAAUUGUUCAAGAAUAUCUACAAACGGACAAGAGAUUAUCAAAAACGCCUUAUCUGAACGUUUCAAAACGAAAGCUCUACAGUAAAGGUACAUCAGAUAUGGAAUCUGAUGAUUCGUCUUUCUCAAAGAAAGAAACCCCAGAAAAACUAACACAUAAUCACCGUAAAUUAAGUAAAUCUUCUGAAUCUGUGAGCAGCAGGAAAAAUGUUGCUUCAAAAACACUUAAUAAUUCUGCACAAGUUCAUGUAGACCCAUCUAAAGUUAUCAAUAAAGAAAAUCUAAAAAAAUCAAAUCAAAAACGUGCAUCUAGACCACAACGGCGGAGUUUAACAUCUUGUCCCAGUUCCUCAGAUGAAGAACUUUCUGAAGGAAGAGUUAAUAAAGUUGAAAGUAAUAAAAACCUUUCAGUGCGUACCGUUAGAUCUACUGCAGGAUCAGCAAAUAUUUCAAAGAAUUCCAAACAAACGGAAAAACGUGACACUCAAGUUGUUCAUAACAUUUCUGAAAGGAAUCGAUCUAGAUCACGAUUGCGCUCCAUAGAAUCUUCAACUGAUGCACCAGAUAAUGAGGAGUAUACAAAGGAAACAAGCGAGGUUGUUUCAAGGAAAUCACAUAUUAACAUUGAAAGUAACAAGGAAAAAAAUACUUCAAAGCGUUCACCUCGUAAGAAAUCAGCUGCACGUAAAUCAAACGUUGUAGACAAUAUCAUUCAGAAAAAUAAAAGUAAAAACCCUCAAAAUGAUGCUGAAAGUAUGAUGAAAGAAAUUCAUGGUGAAUGGUCUUCCUCUUCUUCAGAUCGAUCUAGAUCACGUUCAAUCCACAAGAAAUCUUCUACACAAACAUCAAAAACAGUUGCUACAAAUGUUGUCAAUAAUAAUCAAGAACGAGCGCUUUCACUUUCCCCCUCAAAAUCUGAUACAUAUAGUACUCAUUCAACUAUUUGUCCAUCUACAAAAGAAAACGCUGUUGAAGAAAACUUUGACAAAAAGACGACUAAAGCCCGUUCAAAAAAAAAGAUUCCAAAGAAGACCAAUGCGUAUUGGGAAGAAAAAACAAGUACUGCACCUCCUAUCACCGAAGAUCAAGAUUGUGGUCCUCGUCGCUCAAAAAGAGAGAAAAAACCACCUACAGCAUAUUGGGCAUGUCCAAACUCUCAGUACACACAUGCGUAUGAUAUUUACACCAUGUUAACCGCCGGAAAGAAACCUUACUUCCCCGAAUUCCUUCUGAAUCCUAAGCCAAAAAAGAAGGACAAACCAAAGCCAUCGAGCACUGAUGAUAAUUUAGUAGUGAAUAAUACUAAUACAAUUGAUUCAAGCUCGAAAAAGAAUAAGAACAAAACGAAGCAGCAAUCAAAACAAAAAAAUAAAAAACCUAGCGAAACAAAAACGAUGGAAAACCGAGAAUCACAGUUGGAUUCAGGAAAUGAAUUACCCAGAGCGAAUGUGUCUCAUGAAUUUCCCGGGUCAUCAACCACAGAAAAGCAAGCUACUACAUCAGUAGGUAAAACGAAGUCGAAGCAAACAACUAAGAAAAAGCACAAUUCUUCUGAAGAGGUUGCAUUAUCAUCAAAUUCAACUUCUAAAGACUCACAUAAGGUCGACAAUUUUAAACAACCCGAAAAUUAUACACAUCCUUCAAUAGAAAGCGAUCUUAAUUCAAGUGAUUACCCGUCAGAAGAUGAUGUAUCAAGUGUCGAAAAGCGACGACUAACAACGAUUAAAGAAAAUGCUGAAACAAUAUUCAAUAAAAAAAGCACAACUUCUCGUAACGAUUCCGAGAAUAGUAAUCAAAGAUCAACUGCUACACUUAUGCCACCGCCAAAAACAAGUGUUAUAAAAAAAGUUAAAAAAAAGUCUAGCAAUAAGAAUGCUUUCCGUACAGAACAUGACGAAUCUAUUGCAGAUGUGUCAUCAGUACAUGUAAAUAAUUUAUUUGAUCAAUUGAAAAAUUCAACUCUAAACAAUACCAUGGCUAAUAGAACUCGACAAGAAAUAAUAACUCCUAAUGGGCAGGUUUCCCAAGAUAAUGGCAGUAGUAAUACAAAACGGAAUACUUCUAAUUCUUCUUCUAAUUCGACUUUGAGUUCAAAAAAAAAUUUGUCAGUGCGGCUGAAACGUUUGGAUUUCCGAAAUGAAAGACCUUACGAUGUGAAUGAAAGAAAUUUCGAUUCUGGAUUUUCUUCCGAAGAAAUGAAUUCAAUAAAUCCAAAGAAAGAUAUCCUACUCGAUUGGCUAGUGCAAAUGCUAAACAAAGGAAGAACUCCAUCAAAUAACAGGAAAGGAUUGGCUAAAUUAUUACAACCAAAUGGCUGUAGAACUGCAAAUGCCGAUGAAUUAAAAUUUGAAGAGAUCGAUGGCGUUGAAUUUGCUUUCUACGAUAGUCCUGGUCAUAAGUUUGGAUAUUUGCGUUUUCAGCCACAUACACAAAAGAAGAUGUCGUGUGCGAAACGGCAUGAACUUAAUUUUAUACUGUUGGGCGGAACAAUUCAAAUGACUGUCGAUAAAGAAACUUUUGAUAUGAAAAAUGGUGAUCUUACAUCAAUUUUUAUUGGAACAUCAUAUCGUAUGAGAAAUAUAACUGACGAUCCGGCUUUAGUCAUGGUAAUAAAGAACUAAAAUAAUAAAAUUUUGCUGUUGCUAAGUGCAAUAUCCAUUUGUAUUUUUUUGUGUUGAAAUGAGUGUUUUAGUUUUUUUUACUAACUAAGACUAAGGACAGAAUUGUUAAUCUUAUUACCAUAAUGUGUCUGAAUUAAUGACUGGAACUGCAUAUUUUGUUAUCUGAUUUAGGGACAAGUGUGAUCUUGUUUUAAUGCUCAAAUAAAUGUAUUUUUUUUUU